CAGACUCUCGCAUUUAGGAUCAAACUUACAAGCUUCUAGACUUUCUAGUUUUGGACGUCUAAAAUAUCGGUUUUACCCCUGUUCUUUCCAACUGUAAAGGAAGGGUAAUUCAGGUUUUCUACUUAGAUCUUCAAAGUUCCCGGCACGGCUUCGUACCAGCUAUUCAGCGUUCCAUUACAACUCAAACGCUGGUUUUCUGUAUAAAUACCUUCACCCCUCCUUUGAAAGCUUUUACGAAGAAAAAACAGAGAGACGGAGGCUAUGGCGGCCUCCAAUGGAAGCGAAUAUUUUGAGUUCGAUAUGGAGGCGGUUGGGGAGUCUUUUCAUAGACCGUCAAAUGCGGAGGCCGUUCAGCAAGAUGAGGAAGAGCUUAUGUGGGAAGCAAUAUCGCGGUUGCCGUCUGUAAAGCGAGGACAUUUCGCGAUUCUGAGAGGGACUCCAUCGGAUCAUGAACGUGGUGGAGGAGUAGGAGAAAACGGAGGGACGGAGACGAUUGAUGUGACCAAGCUUGAUCGAACUAGAAGAGAACUCCUUGUGAAGAAAGCGUUGGCUACGGACGACCAAGAUAAUUAUUGGCUUCUCUCUGCUAUGAAAGAACGCCUUGAUAGAGUUGGGAUAGAGGUGGCGAAGAUUGAAGUAAGGUUCCAGAACCUCAAUGUCGAGGCGGAUGCUCAAAUUGGCUCAAGAGCUUUACCUACUUUAAUCAACGUUACUCGUGACUUCUUUGAGAGAAUCGCAACAAGUUUGAGGAUAUUACGUCCUAAACGAUUCCGGUUAAACAUCUUGAGAAACGUCAGUGGUGUUGUUAAACCUGGAAGGAUGACCUUGCUGUUGGGACCCCCAGGAUCGGGCAAAUCCACCUUGCUUUUAGCUCUUGCUGGGAAGCUUGACGACAAGACUUUGAAGACAAGUGGUGAAAUCACAUACAAUGGCACACAACUUGAUAAGUUUCAUGUUAGAAGGACUUCUGCGUACAUUAGCCAAACAGAUGAUCACAUUCCAGAGCUCACUGUACGAGAAACUUUUGAUUUUGCUGCUAGAUGUCAAGGUGCAAGUGAAGGAUUGGCAGAGUAUAUGAAAGAUUUAGCCAGUUUAGAAAAAGAAAGGAAGAUACGUCCAGUCCCAGAGAUUGAUGCUUUCAUGAAGGCAUCAUCUGUUGGCGGUAAAAAGCAUAGCAUUUCAACAGAUUAUGUCAUGAAAGUGCUUGGUCUUGAUGUAUGUUCUGACACCGUGGUUGGGAACGAUAUGCUCAGGGGUGUCUCGGGUGGCCAAAGAAAAAGGGUUACUACAGGAGAGAUGGUUGUUGGGCCGAGAAAAACUCUUUUUAUGGAUGAAAUAUCAACUGGACUUGAUAGCUCUACAACAUUCCAAAUUGUAAAAUGUGUGCGAAAUUUUGUUCAUCUAAUGGAAGGAACUGUACUUAUGGCUCUUCUACAACCUGCACCUGAGACAUUUGAGCUAUUUGAUGACCUAGUUCUAUUAUCAGAAGGAUAUAUGGUGUAUCAGGGCCAUCGAGCAGAAGUUUUGGAAUUCUUUGAGUCAUUAGGAUUCAAAUUGCCACCGCGUAAGGGUGUUGCAGAUUUUCUUCAAGAGGUGACCUCUAAAAAGGAUCAAGCUCAAUACUGGGCUGAUCCUUCAAAGCCAUAUGUGUUCAUUCCUGUUUCAGAAAUGGCCAAUGCAUUUAAAAAUUCCAGAUUCGGAAGGUCUCUAGAGUCAACACUUAGUGUUCCAUAUGAUAAAUCCCGAAGUCAUCCUUCAGCUUUGUCCAAAACAAGAUUUGCUGCAUCAAAAUGGGAACUUUUGAGAACGUGCUUUGCACGAGAAAAACUACUAAUCAGCAGGCAUAGUUUUCUUUACAUUUUCAGGACAUGCCAGGUUGCAUUUGUUGGAUUUGUCACAAGCACAAUUUUUCUGCGAACAAGAGUACAUCCAGUUGAUGAGACUAAUGGCAACCUCUACCUCUCUUGCCUUUUCUUUGGGGUAGUGCAUAUGAUGUUCAAUGGAUUUUCCGAGCUACCCCUUCUGAUAUUUCGACUCCCAGUCUUUUACAAGCAGCGAGAUAAUCUAUUUCAUCCUGCAUGGGUAUGGUCUGUGGUCAGUUGGAUUCUACGUGUACCCUACUCCGUUGUUGAGUCGGUUGUAUGGUCUUCUGUUGUAUACUACAGUGUUGGUUUUGCCCCUGCUGCUGGGAGGUUUUUCCGCUUCAUGUUCCUAAAUUUUGCAGUGCACCAAAUGGCAAUUGGUCUAUUCCGAAUGUUGGCUGGAAUCGCACGAGAUACAGUCGUUGCAAACACAUUUGGAUCGGCUGCACUUUUAGUUAUAUUUUUGUUGGGUGGAUUUCUUAUACCAAAAGACAAGGUUAAACCAUGGUGGGUUUGGGCUUCUUGGUUGUCACCACUACAGUACGGACAAAGAGCAAUUUCUGUUAAUGAAUUCACUGCCACAAGGUGGAAUAAGAUAUCUGCUAUUGGGAACAAUACUGUCGGAUACAACAUUCUUUAUUCACAUGGUCUACCUUCUGAUGGAUAUUGGUAUUGGCUUGGAGUUGGUGUGUUAUUACUUUAUGCUGUGCUUUUCAACAUCAUUCUAACGCUGGCCCUAGCGUACCUUAAUCCUCUCAGAAAAGCCAAGGCAAUUAUUCCACUUGAUGACUCAGAAGAAAAUUCUGUUAGGAAUGAUGUUGAAAGUGAGCACUUGGAAUCAGGUGUUCCGUCUGAUAACCGCGGCAGUAAAACGAAGGGAAUGAUUCUGCCAUUUCAACCAUUAACAAUGACUUUUCAUAAUAUCAAUUACUUUGUCGAUAUGCCCAAGGAAAUGAGCGCACAAGGCAUACCUGAAAGGCGAUUGCAGCUCUUGUCAAAUGUUAGUGGAGUAUUCUCACCGGGUGUUCUUACAGCAUUAGUCGGGUCAAGUGGAGCAGGAAAGACUACCUUGAUGGAUGUGCUUGCUGGAAGGAAAACUAGCGGAUACAUCGAAGGGGAUAUUAAGAUAUCAGGUUACCCAAAGGAACAGAAGACAUUUGCCAGAGUUUCUGGAUAUGUUGAGCAAAAUGAUAUACAUUCUCCUCAAGUGACAGUUGAGGAGUCUCUCUGGUUUUCCUCCAGUCUUCGCCUUCCGAAAGAAAUUAGCAAAGUCCAGAGACAUGAGUUUGUUGAAGAAGUGAUGCGUUUGGUAGAGCUUGAUACACUUAGGAACGCUUUAGUUGGUUUACCAGGUAGCAGUGGCUUAUCAACAGAGCAGAGGAAACGUUUAACUAUUGCAGUGGAGCUUGUUGCAAAUCCUUCCAUUAUUUUCAUGGAUGAACCUACAUCUGGACUUGAUGCACGGGCAGCAGCAAUUGUGAUGAGAACUGUUCGUAAUACUGUUGAUACUGGAAGAACUGUGGUGUGCACUAUUCACCAACCCAGUAUUGAAAUUUUUGAAUCAUUUGAUGAGCUGCUGCUUAUGAAACGAGGAGGUCAGGUUAUAUAUGGAGGAAAGCUUGGAGCUAACUCACAGAUUUUGAUAAACUAUUUCCAGGGAAUUAGUGGAAUUCCAUCAAUUCCAUAUGGAUACAACCCGGCAACGUGGAUGCUUGAGGUUACUAGCCCUGCAGUAGAGCAGAGAAUUGGUAGAGACUUCGCAGAUGUAUACAGAAAUUCUGAGCAGUACAGGGAAGUGGAAGAUUCCAUUAUGCGUCUGAGUGUUCCACCUCCUGGUUCACAACCUUUAAAGUUUUCUUCCACAUACUCGCAAAAUCAACUGUCUCAGUUUCUGAUUUGCCUGAGGAAGCAAAACCUUGUGUAUUGGAGAAGUCCACAAUACAACUUGGUGAGAUUGGUCUUUACAAUGGUGUUUGCACUAAUAUUAGGCUCCGUGUUCUGGGAUGUUGGUUCCCAAAGAGAUACAACUCAAGGUUUGUUUAUGGUUAUGGGUGCCCUUUAUGCCUCAUGCUUGUUUCUUGGGGUCAGUAAUGCUUCCUCAGUACAACCAAUUGUGUCCAUUGAGAGAACAGUAUUCUAUAGAGAGAAAGCAGCAGGAAUGUAUGCUCCCACUGCUUAUGCAGCAGCCCAGGGUCUUGUGGAGCUCCCAUACAUUGCUGUUCAGACAAUUUUAUAUGGGGUCAUCACAUAUUUCAUGAUUAACUUUGAAAGAACAGCUGGAAAAAUUUUCCUCUAUCUUCUCUUCAUGUUCCUUACCUUCACCUACUUUACCUUUUAUGGUUUGAUGGUUGUUGGUCUCACACCUUCUCAGCAUAUGGCUGCUGUCGUCUCUUCUGCGUUUUACUCUUUAUGGAAUCUCCUCUCAGGUUUUCUUAUCCCAAAGCCGAGAAUUCCGGGGUGGUGGAUCUGGUUCUACUACAUCGCCCCUACUGCAUGGACUUUAAAUGGUAUCAUCAGCUCUCAGCUUGGUGAUGUGGAAACCAUGAUUGUCGAACCAACAUUCCAAGGCACUGUGAAAGAGUAUAUACACACUGUUUUCGGCAUUGAUUCUGGGAUGAUAGGAGCUUCAGUGGCAGCACUAGUUGGCUUUUCGGUCUUAUUUUUUGGUGCCUUUGCUUUCUCAGUGAGAUUUCUUAACUUCCAGAAAAGAUGAGUGAUAAAUUUAACUAUUGCAAAAGCUCUGUGCAUAUGCACGUGACAGUUGGUCAUCAUCCAAUUUUGAGCCAAUACUUCAUCAAGAUGCAGAUAUCCUUCCCAACAUUCUUUAGUACCGUCUAAACUUUGUCCUCAUUGGCAUAGCAACUAACUGAUCAAACCACUGACUACUACUGAUUACAGAUUUUGACUGAAAGAAUUCUUUAGGACCAUUACAACAUAGAAUGGAAACACAAACCAAAUGAUCUCUAGUAUUGUAACUGUAGCAGUAGCAUUUGUUAUUGCAUAUGACCAUCUUGAUUAAGGUCAAACUCGGGAAUCACAUACUGAAAAUCAUUUAAGUACAGAACUCCAUUUUCUCUCCCUUAA